AUGUUCGCUUCUGCCGCUUCUUACUUACUCAUCGCUGCUGCCGCCCUUCAACCUGUCUUGGCAGGUGUGUACGUCACCUCUCCCGUAGCUUCAACCAACGCCAUCGGAGGUCAAGUGCUAGAAGUCAAGUGGGCUGAUGACGGUAACACACCUACUGUCGCUUCCGUCGGUCCAUGUUCCGUCGACAUCUACACCGGAUCAGUCAACAACCAAGUCAAACUCCAGAAUCUCGCUGCUUCAGUCGACGUAUCGAAGACUUCGAGUAUAUCAGCUACCAUCGACCCAUCGAUCGGACAGGAUGACUCCCACUACUUUGUUCGAUUCACCUCCCUCUCAUUAAAAUCCGAAUCCAACUCUCAGUAUCCCUACCAAGCCUUCUCAGCCAUGUUCCCUAUCUCAUCAAUGACCGGUACAUUCAACGCCUCCGUACUAGCCGCUAUCGACGCAUCCAACACCACCUCCUCGUCCACCGCAGUGGUCUCAGCAGCUGCAUCAGGUUCGUCAAAGGCCACUGCCGGCUUAGCAGCUUCUGCAUCAGCCUCUAAAUCAGCUACUACCUCUGGAUCCAGCUCGACUAGCGCGGCACUUCCACUUGCCGAUGUCGUACCUGCGGGAUUGUUAUUGGCUGCUGCAGGAUUCGUCUCUUACUUGGUUCUCUAA